AUGGCUCCCCCAAGGCUGAGGGCUUUACAGCCGGCUCAGCCAUCGCCCUUGUCAACUGCAUCACCAUCGUCAUCAGUAGGCCAAAGACCACUGCCCAGUCUGGCCCGCAAGGCCGGAUACGUUCCCGCGUGCGAACCUUGCCGCAAACGAAAGAAAAAGUGCGACCGAAGUCGACCGGAGUGCUCCAAAUGUACCGAGAGAGGUUUGGAGUGUAUCUAUCUUGAUGUGGCAAUUGAGACGCCAAUCAGUGCCAGCCAGCUCCAAAAGUUGGCGUACCUGAACGGUGAUCCAUCUACCAUCCUCCAUCUCUUGACCACUCUUCCAUAUUUCGAUGCUUUGGAGCUCUUCAAUAUGCUACGCGAAAUGCCCCAAGGUAGAGAGGCCUCGGUCACAUCAACAGAGGCUGGCGUCACCCUUUCCAUACCUUCGUCCUCUCCCCAACCGCCUCAACACAACCUCAUCAGAAGCCUUUUACCAACAUCAAAUCCCCUGGAACAAGAACUUAUGGUUGAACAUCCUAUUGUAUACCCUGUCCUGUUGCCCACGACCCUAAGUGGCCUCCCUCUCGAGUAUCUGCUGACCUCUCGGAAACCCGGUAUGACUGCCACACAGUUUUUAUGCGAUACGAGGUCUCCUUCAUUCGCCGAUAUAAUGCUCAUGGACGAAGAAGAAUUAGAUGAAGACAAUGCUCUUUUAAAAUUCUGUAAAGAGUUGCCACAUCUGGAACAAUCACAUAUCGACUAUCUCCAAAAAGUCGAUAUUUCAUUGUGGAUGGAGAUGCCAAUUCCCAAUCAGACUGCUGUCCGAGUCAUUGCGGUUUAUCUUAACAAUGACUACCCGGUUCUGCCCGUAUUCCACGCGGAUUUGUUUCUUCGGGACCUCUCACAGAACCGGCCCUAUUUUUGCUCAGCCCUGCUAAUCUCAGCUCUUUUGGGGUGGCAAGCCUGCUCUUGUAUCGACCCAGAGACUGCUUCAUGGAGCUCUUUCUUUUUCCUUGAUGCUCAGACUAGGUGGAGCCAGCUCAAUCACGAUGAAUCCAUUACAAUAUCUAGUCUUUCUGCACUCCAGUUCAUGUCUAUGACAGCCAUAACACGUGGGCAAGAUGACCUAGGGCUUGAAUAUCUUAGAAAGGGUCUAGAUCUUGGCCAGAAGAUGGAUAUUCUGAAUGUCGAACCGGGGAUGCAAUCUCACCCACAUGCUAGCUGGCUGAACGGUUAUCCUGAUUGGAGAAGGGCUGCAUCUUAUGCUGCAUGGGGUGCUUAUAACUUGGCGUCUAUGGUCUCACUCCACUUUCACCAGGUUGAAGUCGAGGCAGCACCUGGUAUCGUGAUGCCCGGAGAUAUCGAUGACAUCUUGGCUGCCGAGGAAGACGAACUCAAUGUCCCGUCCAUUCAUGGCGAGAUCUUCAAGGCUAGCUGUAAGCUUUGGACGAUUUUCGCCCCCGUAGCUGAAACCUACUACAGACAAGGCAACAACAUGUCUAACGAGACGGCCUGUCUAGAUUAUGCUGAAAAGGUAUACCAGCAGCUCCUCAGAUGGGCAGAUGAACUACCUCUAGAGUUGGUUCCUCAAGUUGGCAAUUCACAGGGUAUACAUAUGCUGCAUAUUUACUUCCACGCAAUCAUAACAGAUCUUUUCCGCCCCUUCCUACAAAGUGAGUUAUCAUCGGCCCCGCUACGCACCUUCAAAGUGGAAAAUGCGACUCCACAAAGCGUGUACAAUGCCUCCAUCCGGCAAUUGAAGCGACUUUUACUCUCGCAUCGUUUAGAAACAGGGCCAGAAAUGUUAUCAAUUUUCUGGCAAACCUGUAUCAUCUACGUUGCAAACGCAGUCAUUCACGGCGAAGACGAUCAAGAAGAGAGGCAGUUCUUUGUCCACCUUUCUCUGGCUCGACUGCAAGAACUGUUCCCAUCUUACCCUAUUUCCGGUACAGUAAUCAAGGGAAUUGCAGCAAUGGCAAUUGGAAAAGGAAUUUUGGAGAAAGGUCAGGCUAGUCAGAUCCAUGGUCGACUAGAGGAAAUUGGACAGCAUCGUGAGCUGGGAAACAACGGCAGCGAGGUGAUGGCGAGUUGGGUUCUUGACUUGGACCUUGCAGUGACAGAUCUUCCGCAGGCACGGGGAGGCAGACUUGCGGAGGAGUUUGAUGGUAUGGGUGAAACUAAGGAAGAAAGAAGGUAG